AUGCGAGUUCGGCGAGGAGCUGGCGACGAAGUCGUCCACUGGCCCUUCAUGACCUUUCACAAACGAACCCGUCAACGCUUUGAGACUAUCUACGAAACAUACGGCUUCUUCGACCAUCUUCCAGCUCUUCACGCGACUCCAUACCCGGGAGUAUGCUUCGAAGUCAAUAAGAUCGUUCGAAGAAACAUUCGGGAAUCUAAGCUGUCCGCACUACUGGUCGAAAGGCGUUUCUGUAUAAACCUGUCCAAUGACGCGGCAUCACGGACAUGCGAGUGGACAGCGGACACGAUGACCCCGUUUGACAUGGAGUUCAGCUUACCAUAUUCGGAACAUCAAAACUACAGUUGUCUACUUUAUGCUGCUAGCAGUACUGCAUGCAGAUAA